AUGUCAACGGCCGAUUCCAGUACGGACACAGUUCCGAUCGAGGCGGGCCCGGUUCAAGAGACCAAGGUCGCAGACCCUGAAAUCGUUGAUUGGGAUGGACCGGAGGACCCUGAGAAUCCUCAUAACUGGCCAAGCCGUAAGCGGUGGGCGCACGUUGUCGUGAUCGCAAUCAUCUGCUUAGUUAUGAAUAUUGCGCCAACCAUGUGUGCUCCAAGCAUCAAUCUGCUUGUUUCUGAGUUUAAUAUCCGGUCAUUCGUGGUGAGCACGUUUGCAGUGACGCUCUACCUUCUUGGCCUCUCAGUCGGACCAAUGUUUAUAUCCCCCUUGAGUGAGGUGUACGGCCGCUUGCCCGUCUACCAUAUAUCCAACGUCGUUUUUGUCGGGUUUGUCAUUGGCAAUGCCCUGAGCAAGAAUAUUGGCCAGUUUCUCGCUUUUCGUUUCCUAUCUGGCUGUGCGGGAGGCACCCCCAUGGCCCUCGGUGGGGGCAGCAUAGCGGAUGUCACUCCCAUCCAGCGCAGAGCAAUUGCCAUGGCGUUGUUCAGUCUUGGGCCCCUCACUGGACCAGUUCUGGGGCCUGUUAUCGGUGGCUUUAUUGCCGCUGGCAAAGGCUGGCGCUGGAUAUUUUGGAUCCUGGCGAUCAUCGGUGCUGCCGCCACGAUUACUGGAUUCGUCAUUCUACGUGAGACACAUCCCGGGAUCAUUCUCGAACGCAAGGCCGCCCGUCUUCGUGAUUCUACAGGCAACCCACACCUUCGAUCAAAGCUUGCCCGUUCCCAGACACCACGCCAGCUCCUUGCAGCUGCUCUUAUUCGGCCCACUAGACUUUUGAUUCGCUCGCCAAUUUUACUGAUUAUCUCCCUCUAUGUGGCUCUUGUCUUUGGUCUCAUGUACCUGCUCUUUACCACCUUCACAGACGUAUUCGAAGGCGAGUAUGGCUUCACAACUUCUACCUCCGGCCUAGUAUACCUUGGGCUUGGAGUCGCCCUAGUUAUAUGCAUGCUUCUCUUUGGCGCUCUCAACGAGCGCGUGCAAGCUGCAUGCCUGAGAGCAGACGGGGCUACCCAGCCCCGGCCUGAGUACCGCCUAGUACUUAUGAUUUUCUUUAGCCCUUUGGUUGGAUUCGGCCUGUUCAUCUACGGCUGGACAGUACAGUAUAGAGUUCACUGGAUUGUCCCCAUCAUCGGCACUAUGGUGAUGGGAUUUGGAGCCUUCUUCGUCCUCAUGCCUGCCCAACUAUAUCUCGUCGACUUAUUUGGCUCUGAGGCUGCCGCUUCAGCUCUAGGAGCGAACAACCUUAUGCGUUAUUUGUCAAGUACGUUCUUGCCACUUGCCGGGCCUAAGAUGUAUAACACUUUGCACUACGGCUGGGGUAACACGCUACUUGGCUUCCUUGCCCUUGCUUUCGUCCCGGCUCCGAUCUUUUUCUACAAAUAUGGCGAAUGGCUCCGUUCUAGGAACGUUGUUAAACUGUAA